AAAUACCCAUCUCUCCUGUUCGCUGGUCACUGCAUUGCUAAACAAGCAACUCAUUUAUACACAUACUUUCAACACACAUCGAUCGAGAGUUGAGUGACACGAGUAAUAGAAUUCAUUCUUCGUAGAUGACCAUGAUGAAUACUACUGGGUCUGGGAAUCAUCAUCAUGGGCUUUUGUCCAAGAUUGCAACCAACGAUGAACAUGGAGAGAAUUCUCUCUACUUCCAUGGCUGGAAGGCCUACGAUGAUAAUCCUUUUCAUCUUACCCAGAACCCUAAUGGAGUCAUCCAAAUGGGUCUCGCUGAAAACCAGCUAUCCUCUGACCUAAUCGAAGACUGGAUGAAGAAAAACCAAAGAGCAUCAAUCUGCACCACUGAAGGAGUGCACAUGUUCAAGGAAAUCGCCAACUUCCAGGAUUAUCACGGCUUGCCGGAGUUUAGAAAUGCUGUAGCUAAGUUCAUGGGAAAAGCAAGAGGUGGAAGGGCGGAGUUCGAUCCAGAGAGGAUAGUGAUGGGCGGGGGAGCAACUGGAGCUAAUGAACUGUUGAUGUUCUGUCUGGCUGAUCCCGGCGAUGCAUUUCUCGUUCCUUCACCUUACUAUCCAGCAUUUGAUCGAGACCUAAGAUGGCGAACCGGAGUGAAGCUGCUGCCGGUUGAAUGUAAGAGCUCCGACAGCUUCAGAAUCACCAGAGAGGCACUGGAAGAGGCGUAUGAGAAAGCUUCAGAAUCCAACAUCAGAGUAAAGGGCUUGAUCAUAGGAAAUCCAUCCAAUCCACUGGGCACUAUCAUGGACAGAAACACUCUCAAAAGCUUAGUAUCCUUCGUCAACGACAAGAACAUCCACUUCGUCUGCGACGAAAUCUACGCCGCCACCGUCUUUAAGCAGCCCGAAUUCAUCAGCGUUUCGGAGAUCAUCCAGGAAAUGGACUGCAACCUAGACUUGAUUCAUGUCGUUUACAGUUUGUCCAAGGACAUGGGGAUGCCUGGAUUUAGGGUCGGCAUCGUUUACUCUUACAACGACAAAGUGGUGACCUCCGCCCGGAAGAUGUCGAGCUUCGGCUUGGUUUCGUCCCAGACGCAGCACCUUCUUGCUUCGAUGCUCUCUGACGAUGAGUUCGUGGAGAGGUUCAUCUGCGAGAGCUCGAGAAGGCUGGAAAAGAGGCACAGAAUCUUCACGGAAGGGCUGAAGGAAGUGGAGAUCAAAUGCUUAGAAGGCAACGCCGGCCUGUUUUGCUGGAUGGACUUGAGGCCGCUGCUGAAAGAAGCGACUUUCGAGGCCGAAACUGAGCUCUGGAAACUGAUAAUCAACCAAGUGAAGCUGAAUGUCUCGCCAGGCUCGUCGUUCCAUUGCUCGGAGCCGGGCUGGUUCAGAGUCUGCUUCGCAAACAUGGACGACGAGACGGUGCAAGUGGCGCUGCAGAGAAUCCGGACGUUCGUGAAUGAGAAGAAGGGGACCGGAAAGGCGGCGCCGGAGAAGAAGAAGAAGCAGUGGCAGAAGAACCUCCGGCUGAGCUUCUCGUCGGGACGAAUAUACGAGGAUGGCUGCCUUUCGCCUCACGUGUUGUCGCCUCACUCCUCUAUGCUUCGAGCUCAAACUUGAUUCAAUAUAUUGCUACAAUUUCUCUUCUCUUUUCUUUUUGGGGGGUUAUAAUAAUUAACUCGUCUGCGCAAGCGCUGCCGUUAACGUUUGGCAGUUAAUUAGGAAAAGGGAAGGGGAAGUUGGUUUAUUCUUUAGUUCGGUAAUUUGUAUCAUCUCUGCAUGCAUGCCUGGCCAAUCCAUUCUAAUCAUGCAUGCAUGUUGUUUGUUCAUCUUAAUUAUUAAGCAAAUUUCUUAGUGGAAAUGAAUGAAUGAAGUUCUCUUG